UUGGGUGCGGGUUUGGGGCACUGCGCACACCCUGCCCUGGUCACAGCCCCGCCCCAGCUCCCUGCGCUCCCCGCACCCCUUGCUCAGCUCCGCGGGGAUUUGUGCCUCCUCUGAAGGUGGCAAAUGUCUGCAAAGCCAGUCGGGAAGCCAGAGAGCUGCAGCCCCCGGGCCCCGCCGCGGCUUCCCCGCCCUCCCCCGGCCCCUCCCGCCCGUCCCGCCCCGCAGCGCCGCUCCCGCUGCCGCCCUCGAACCCAAGGAACGAACCCCGUGCCCCCGGCACAGGCCGGUCCCUCCCCGGCAGCCUCGGCAGCGCCGGGAGCGGCCGCAGCCCCCAACGCCGGGCGGGGCGCGCCGGGAGGGGCCGCGCGGGGCGGGGGCGGGUCCCGCGGCUGCGACCCCGCGGGGAAGGGACCCCCGGGCCGGCCCCGUCCGGCACCGCCGCUGGCCCUGCUCGGCCACCGCCCCUCGACCACAGUUUUAACACCAUAGAGCCAAGAUUUAAUCCGGAGCGCUGCAAGCUCCCAAGUGCGGGGGAUUUCCAUACACUUGGAAUUAGCAUUCGAGGCUAAAAAACAAGUCGUCCAAUACGAGAAAGGUUCAGCACUACAAAGAACUAAUCCUACGGCCUGGACAGCGAGAACAAAGCCCGGGGGUGUCAAAGGCCUGUCAGAGAGACUGCAAUUGCAAGAGAAGGACGCGAGAUGGAAGCGUCCGUGGAAUAACCACAGCGGCCCACAGGCCACGGGCACCGAUGGGGUCGGACCGGGCUGCUCAGGGAGGGAUCCAGUCACGCUUAGAAACAGGAUUUUGGGUCCCAAAAGCACAGCCCUAUGUUUGUGAAGCUCUGAAAAAGAAUAAGUCCCACAGUUUCAGCCCCUGAAGUUCAGGCUAAGUCCUGCAUUAUCCCAGCUCCAAAAAAGAAACCCACCUAAGUGCUGUGCUUUUGGGGCUCAAAAGCAGAGGGUGGGUAGUGCUUUUCUGAAGCUCAGAAAAAAACCUAAGUCCGCGGCGCUGUCCGACGAAACGGGGGGGGGCUGCGGAGGGAAAGGGAGCGCGGAGCGCGCCCCGCCCCGAAAUACCCCCGAAAUUGCGGGAGGAGCCCGAACCGAGCGCGGCACCCGGCGAAUUCCAAAACGUCCUGCAGGGAACGCCCUCAAGACGCGCUGUGGCUGCAGUUCCUGGCCUUAUUUGCGAGGGGGAGAUGUUUGGGGGCAUCGUGUCUGCAGUUCCAGGUUCUUUUCACCAGGGAGAAAUGUUUGAGGAUACUGUGCCUACAGGUCCGGUGAGAUUUCGGCAGGAAUUGCCCUGGGGUCACUCUCAGCCUGCAGUUCUGGGUGGCAUUUACCGGGGGAACCGGCGGUACUUGCACCUCCUGCAGUACUGGGCAGAAUUCGCCAGGCGGUGCCCUCGGUCCAUCGGCUGCGAAAUUCCACCUGGUAGUCCAGGCUCCACGUGUCCAGGGAAUUGAUUUCCCUGGAUCCCACCCCCAUGUCUGCAAUCCAUAGGAACUCAGCUGUUUCCCUCCUGUGCCACAGUGUCUUCCAGCUGCCAUAAAGACAGAGCUCUGCAGCCAAGCUGCAGCACUUAAAGUAGCAUCUUAAGCCUCAGUGUUGAUGUGGUUUGGAAAAUUACUAUUCGAGAGCUUUUGGGCCCAUGCUGAGUAAUAGUCCUUGUAUUCCCAGGCUCUCUUUUGGGCUGUGGCUUUCCACAGCUGAUAUUUUUUGUCCAUCUGGGUUGGUUUCUGAUGGCCCGACUUUCCUUUUUCCCUUGUAGAGUCUGAGCUGAGAAGGAGGAGGACUAAGCACACCUGCAGCUGUACCCAAACCUGCACAAGUACAGUGUUCUUGAACCACUUCAGCGCUGCCCAGUUACCUGCACGUUUUCCCAGUUCCUGCUCCCUGUGGCAGGCAGAGCCAUUCCCUGCCCUGCCCACCCGUGCUGAGCCAGCAGAUGAAGCAAACUCACCCCAGGCCAAAAUCUGACAGGAUGGACUGGAAAACAAUCAUUUAUGUCAUUUUAUUGGUGAGCCUUAGAGUAGCCAAAGCCCUGCCUAGAACUUCUCAGGACAUAGAGGAAAAAACAAGCAUUGGCCAGCGAUUUUCUCAGCUGCAGGAGAGCAAUUUUAAAGCCAUUGCCCUGAUCCUGUUUGCCCAGUACGUGCCAGGAGGGACGUUGGGCAGAGCGGCCGCGAUGGCCGAGGGGGUCACAGCCCUGGCCAGAAGGUGUGCGGCAGCGGCCGCCGACAGCCCCGACUGCCUGAAGCCUCUGGACAGGAUUUUCCUCGAUACAAUAUGCCAGGAGGAAAACCUGCCCCGGUCUGCUGACUGCUGUGCUAAAAAGGAUCCUGAAAGAAAUGACUGCUUCCUCUCCCUGAAAAACUCCUCACGGGGGUUCAGCUCUCCUUUGGAGAGGCCAGAUGCUGAAGCUGCCUGCAGAAACCAUUCACAGCAUGGACAGCCAGUAACAGGAUAUUUUAUCUAUGAAGUUUCCAGAAGGCAUCCCUUCCUCUAUGCCCCAACAAUCCUCUCUGUGGCACUGCAGUAUGAGGAGAUGAUGGAAAACUGCUGUGGAAGUGCUGAAGGCCCCUCCCAUCACAUGGAGGAAUGCUUCCAGAGACAGGCACCGAAGGUGAUGAAGCUGAUAAAAGAAGAUUCCCUGAGGCAGGAACACACUUGUGGAAUCCUGAAGAAGUUUGGAGAGAGGACCUUAAAGGCUCUGAAGCUUGCCCAGAUAAGCCAAAGAUUCCCCAAAGCUGACUUUGUGAGCGUUCACAACCUGGUGGUGGCCGUGGCCGACAUGCACAAGGACUGCUGCCGCGGGGACACGCUGGGCUGCAUGCGGGACAGGGAAGAGAUCCUGCGCUACGUGUGCAGCAGCCAGCACGUCCUGUCCAGCCGGAUCCAGCAGUGCUGUGAGAAGCCCCUGUUACAAAGGAGCGAGUGCAUCCUCAACGUGGAAAACGAUGACAAACCUGCAGGCCUGUCCCCCCACGUCAGGGAGUUCAUUGAAGACAAAGGAAUAUGUGAACGUUUCGCCCAGGAAAAAGACAUGCACUUAGCCAGGUUUCUGUAUGAAUAUUCCAGGAGACACCCGGAAUUUUCCGCCCAGAUGCUUCUCAGGAUUGGCAAAGGCUACGAGGACCUGCUGCGGGAGUGCUGCAGGCCCGGGGCUCCCAGUGGCUGCCGCAGCAGAGGGGAGGAAGAACUGAGGAAACAUAUCUACGAAACGCAGAGUGUCAUGAGGACAAGCUGUGACAUUUACAAGGAGAAAGGAGAUUACUAUUUCCAAAACGAGCUCCUCAUGAGUUUCACCAAGAAGAUGCCUCAGCUGACAUCGGCGGAGCUGAUCAAAUUCACCAAGGAAAUGACAACCAUCGGCUCCAAAUGCUGCCAGCUGGGCCAGGACAAGCUGCUGCCUUGUGCUGAGGAACACCUGGAUCUCGUGCUUGGGGAAAUCUGUAGGAGACACCUGGCUGAUCCCAUAAACCCCGGAGUUUGCCGCUGCUGCAGCAGCUCCUAUGCCUUCAGGAGGCCCUGCAUAGGCAAACUGGAGAUCGAUGAGAGUUAUGUGCCCUUAGCACUGACUCCGGGCCUGUUUGCUUUCCAUGGAGACCUGUGCACCUCGGAAGAGGAGAAGUUACAGCACAGGAAGCAGGAGAUGCUGGUCACCCUCCUCAAGUACAAGCCGCAGAUCAGCCCCGAGCAGCUGGGCUCCGUCACGGCCGCCUUCACUGCCAUGAGGGAACGGUGCUGCAGAGAGGCCGACCCCGAGGCCUGUUUCCUCAAAGAGGGUCCAGAACUUAUCAAAAGGAGUGAGAAAAUGCUGUCAGCAUAAGGAGCUGCCCAGCCCAUGGGAAGGUCCUCGUUGGAUGACAGGAAGUGACACAAACUGCACAGGGAGCAUUUAAACCAAACCAAGUGUCUGAAAGCCAGGUUAAUCUAGAGGGAGGCUGCAUGCCCUUAAGUAAUUCCACCAAAACAAUCAGUUAAGUGAUGAAAAUUCAGGGUUUGACUGUGGCCACCAUCUCCUGGUAUGCAAUCUUAUUUUAUUACCCCAAAUAGUCACAGACCAAAACAAAGGCAUUUUAAAUCUUAAGCUUAUAAAGCAUAAGUGCAAAUGAGAUCAAAUUAAGAAAAUCGGCCUGUAACCAUUCUAACUUAAUCACUGAAUAAUUAUUUUUGCAUUUUUAUUACACUGGCCUUGAACUACAGCAUAUGCACUCACCAAUAUGGGCUGCUCAGGAGCGCUGUAAAGUUACCUUUAAACAGAGAAAAAUAUUAUCUCUGGCAUCUCAAAUAACGUGAGAGAGAAAAAAAAAUAAGAAAAAUGUCCCAAAAAGGACAGGACAGGGACUGCUGAAACACCUGGUCAGCAGGGAAAUGUAAGAUCUCAGGUAAGAUACAAGCCUUUUAAUGACUGUCUCUGUGAUUAAUGGCUUCGGGCCCAAAUGCAAGAGGGACCCCCACUUCCUCUGUCACCCAUGUGUCAUUGCUGUGUUACCACGAAUGUCCCACAAUAAUCUGGAAUAAAUUCUUUCCCCGCUCUUGU